AUGAAAGAGCAACUCGCUGCCAAUGGUUUGAGCAGCAGGUAUCGGAGCGAAGCAGAUUUCGCGCUCAAAGCUGAAAUGAUCUCCGCACUGGCUUUCAUCCCGCCGGAGCGUCUUGAAGAUGCGCUGAGGGAGUUGCGGGAAGAGCUGCCUGAUGAUCUGCAGACGAUCCUCGAUUAUUUCGAGGAUAACUACAUCGGACGUCUACAAGUGAGGAGCGAUGGAUCUUUGGGACGCCGGGAACCCUUGUUCCCGGUGUCUAUAUGGACUGUCUACAGGAGAACCUUGAAUGGCGAUUCUCGAACGAACAACUUCGCUGAAGCAGCGCAUCGAAGCCUGCAGCGACAAUUCCAGGUUCAGCAUCCUGGUCUCCUAAAAUUCAUCGAAGGAAUCAGAAUCGUUCAGAAAACAAAAGACGCUGAUCUGGAAAGAUAUACCGCCGGGCAUGAAAUCACAGGGAAGCGAAACAAAUACGUGGAGAACGAUCGCCGCAUCUUGAGAAUCCUCGAAAGGAUGGAUGACC